UGAAUAGAGUUGCUGGGGUGCAACAUGGUACACACAAACUUCCUUAAAUCUACUGCAAUAGUUGUACAGCUGAAGGAGUGUUAACAUCCAUCUACAGUUUAUUCUGCUGUAUAUCAAAUGCGUCUCAUCUUGCAAUCUGGACAUUUUUUAUUGAAACGUACCUAUGUAACAAACAGGCACAAGUGCUAUUCAAGCUUUACCAAGAUGAUGCGUGCGGUGUGUGUGGACGUACCAGGAGGACCAGAGAAUCUGCUGCUCCGGAACAUCCCGAGACCUCAACCUAGGGAUGGAGAAAUUCUAAUUAAAGUUCAUGCAACUGCCCUGAAUAGGGCUGAUCUGCUACAGAGGCGAGGACUGUACCCUCCUCCUCCAGGUGAGAGUGAAACCAUUGGUCUGGAGGUGGCAGGAACUGUGGACUCUUUAGGCCCGGGGGUAAAGAAAGGCUGGAGGCCUGACGACAGAGUCAUGGCUUUGCUCGCAGGAGGAGGAUAUGCUGAAUAUGUGGCUGUUCCUGAGGAACUCCUCAUGCCAGUUCCUUCAGAUCUCACGCUGGGUCAGGCGGCCGCAGUUCCAGAGGCCUGGCUCACUGCCUACCAGCUGCUGGCCCUCAUAGCUCAUGUAAAGGAUGGUGAGGUGGUUCUGGUACAUGGUGCUGCCGGUGGAGUGGGAACAGCUGCAGUUCAGUUGGUGCGACUGUUUGGUGCAGUGCCGAUUGCUACAGCAGGAAAUACUGAAAAGUUAAAGAUGGUUGAGGAACUGGGAGCAGCAACUGGAUUCAACUACAAAGAGGAAAACUUUGCACAGGGAGUCCAGGACUACACAGGAGGUAAAGGAGCAAAUGUCAUUCUUGACUGCAUUGGUGGAAAAACCUGGGAGCAAAAUGUCAGCUGCUUAGCCACUGAUGGCAGAUGGGUGCUAUACGGCACCAUGGGUGGCAGAAGGGUAGAGGGGGAGCUAUUUGGUAAACUUCUCUCCAAGAGAGGACACUUGCUCUGCAGUUUGCUUCGUUCCCGCAGCCUUCAGUACAAAGCAGACCUGGUCGAAUCCUUCUCUCGCCAAGUGUUGCCACAUUUCUCAGGCCAGGCUGCUCCACUGAGGCCUGUGAUUGACAGCACAUUCAGCCUGGAGAACAUUGCAGAUGCUCACAGACACAUGGAGGCCAAUAAGAACACAGGAAAGAUCAUCAUCAGUGUGAAUGCAGAAAAAUAGAAUAACAGUGACAUGCAAUGCAAUGGAAUUAUAGAUUUGACCAUGCAAGAUUUUUUUUACAUACAAACCUGAUAUUAGUGAUAUUGUACAACAUCUACUAUGUUGUUUUAAAUAUGUUUCAGAAAAAAAUAAAAAAACAAAUGUUAAAUU